CCCGGGUGUUCCGACCGCCCGGUCCUCUCCACUGAACUCCAACCCCCGCGCUCUCUAUCAGCAUCUCAUUCCUGUCUCAAUAUGUCUCAAGAUGGCGGCCAAUGCAGGAUCGAUGUUUCAAUAUUGGAAGCGCUUUGACUUACAACAACUACAGAAAGAACUGGAUGCCACCGCCACACAGCUUGCCAACAGACAGGAUGAGAGUGAACAGUCCAGGAAGAAACUAAUCGACCUGAGCCGUGAGUUCAAGAAGAACACACCAGAGGAUUUCCGGAAACAGGUUGCCCCUUUGCUCAAGAGCUUCCAAGGAGAGAUCGAUGCCUUGAGUAAGAGAAGUAAAGAAGCAGAGGCCGCCUUCUUGAACGUUUAUAAGAAAAUAAUUGAUGUCCCAGAUCCUGUACCUGUGCUGGAGCUGGCUCAGCAGCUGCAGCUGAAGCUCCAGAGGAUGCACGACAUUGAGACAGAGAACACCAAACUUCGAGAGACACUGGAGGACUACAACAAAGAGUUUGCAGAGGUCAAAAACCAAGAGGUGACCAUUAAGGCCUUGAAGGAGAAGAUCCGUGAGUACGAGCAGUCUCUCAAGAAUCAAGCUGAGAACCUUGCCCAGGAGAAGCAGCUCCAGCUACACAAUGACUAUGCAGAGAAGGAGAGGAAACUCCAGGAGAACCAGGACUCCAUGUCCUCAAGGUUGAAAGAGGCUGAAAACAAGACCCAGUCCCUACAAACAGCACUUGAAACAACUCAGGCCGAACUCUUUGAUUUGAAGACCAAGUAUGACGAGGAAUCCACUGCAAAGGCUGAUGAGAUUGAGAUGGUGAUGACAGACCUGGAACGAGCAAAUCAGCGAGCAGAAGCAGCUCAGAGAGAGGCGGAUUCACUUCGAGAGCAAUUGUCCUUGGGUAACCAAUCCCAGCAGCUCAGCAGUCCAGCCAAAGCUGACCCCGACACGGAACAGGUGGAGGAGGUGGCAUCCCACCCAAGUCUGGAGGCGGAGCUGAGAGCCAAAGAAAGGGAGACUGCCCAGCUGGUAGAGGACGUCCAGAGACUGCAGGCCAGCCUGACCAAACUUAGAGAGACCACCAGCUCCCAGAUCUCACAGCUAGAGCAGCAGCUCAGCAGCAAGACUACCAUUCUCAAGGAACUUGAGGAAAAACUGCAGAAACAAGCUGACUAUGAGGAAGUGAAGAAGGAGCUGAGUAUCCUCAAGUCUAUGGAGUUUGGAUCAUCUGACUCUGUUCAGGACUCAUCCAAACCUCUGGAGGUGCUGUUGCUGGAGAGGAACCGUAGUCUUCAAUCUGAGAGCGCCGCUCUGCGCAAUGCUAACACUGAGCUCAGCGGGUCAGCUGGGCGAAAAGGGACAGAAGAGUCUGCAAUGAAGGAGGAGACCAUGCCCAGCGAUCCCUCUUCCUCGCCCCCUCCUCCCCCUCUCUCUUUUUCUUCCUCCUCCCAGCUCCCAAUGUCUCGCUCUCACACGGAACCCCUCAACUCUGCCACCACCACCAGCGGUGGUGAAACGCACCCUUUCACUCCUACAGGCAUUGGACAGGACUUCUACUCCCCUGUGUUCCCUCUGGUGGGUGGUAAGAUGGCUUUGAACUCCCUGAUUCAGCGGCAGCUGCUCCAGACCUUCUACUCUAAAGCCUUGCAGGAGUCAUCUGGAAUCCCCAGUGGGGCUCUACUGUUCACCCCCUUCACUCCAACCCUCAGCUCCAUCCCUACCUCCACCCCUGGCUCUGGGUCUGCUGCCAUCCCUCUAGCAGCCAGCAGUCCCCAGCCACCUCCAGCCAGCCCAGACAUAGCUCCUGUUAAUGGGAGCAGUACUGCUGGCAGCGCCCCCUCCCCGUCACCUAGCCACUCUGACGCCACCACAGGGAGUGUUUUGGAUGGGGAGGACAUGGACACAGCAGAGAUUGCCCGACAGGUGAAAGAGCAACUGAUCAAGCACAACAUUGGCCAGCGUGUGUUUGGCCACUAUGUGCUGGGACUGUCCCAGGGUUCUGUCAGUGAGAUUCUGGCCCGACCCAAGCCAUGGAACAAGCUAACCAUCCGGGGGAAGGAGCCCUUCCACAAGAUGAGGCAAUUUCUCGCUGAUGAGCAGAACAUCCUUGCACUGCGCAGCAUCCAGGGACGACAGAGAGAGGGCUCAGGCCAGCCCCAGCUUAGCCGAGUGUUUCAGGAUGUCCCGAAGCGGAGAGCCUUCUCUGAUACAGCUUCACACACAGGUAACAUUACUGCCCGUGUCCGCACUCCAGAGGCGGGUUCAGAUGAGGCUAUCAAGUCCAUUCUGGAGCAGGCGAAAAGAGAGCUGCAGGUGCAGAAAGCUGACUUGUCUAAUGCUCAAACCUCAUAUGCAGGACUGAAAGGAGGGGGUGGGGGUGGGAUUGGAAGUGGAGGGGGCAGUGGAUCAGAUGAGGCCAUCCGCUCCAUCCUAGAGCAAGCACGCAGAGAGAUGGAGGCCCAGCAGGCAGCACUGGAGCCCAUCCUCAAAGCUUCGUCUUCCUCCUCUAUGUCACUGUCUCAGAGGGACCUCCUGAACUCUACUCUCACUGCCCCUCUACCUCCUUACAACCCUCUGGCUCUCUCCCUCAAGAAACCUCCCAGCUCCCUCUUGUCCUCACCCUCAUCCCCAUCUCCCAUCCUCGACUUCAGCUGUAACGUGAAGAGAGAGGCCAGAGCUUCUUCAGGGAUUGACAUGUCCACUGACGGAGGUCUCAGGCUGGGUCGCAGCUCUGAGAGUUCAGGCCGCUCUGGAAGUUCUGGGGGCGUGGGUUACUGGAGAGAGCAGUGGUGGAGCAACAUGCACACAGAUCCCCGCAGGACCAUAUCGAACCAGAUAGGAGAGGAGAGCUACAACCAGGAGGACUCCAAAGAGGGAAUAUUGAGUGACAGUCUGUCCCGGCACAAACCGUGGAACAAGUUGAACCAGAGGAGCAGAGAGCCAUACCUCCGCUUGCAACCAUGGCUCAAUGGAGACCAGGGACAAAACACAAACAUGAUCCAGCCUGUUCAGAACCAAGCAGAGGGUACUCCCAAGACAUCAGCAAGUUGCAGCCCCGCUCCAGAGUCGCCCCUUAGUUCAACCGAAGAGUCUGUCAAUGGUCUCUCUGGGGAUCCACUGGCCUCACAGUCCUCCAGUGUCAAACCUCCAUCUGAUGAUCCCUCUGGUGGGGAGUCUCAGCCCGGCACCCCGCUGCCUCUACCUGGUCACUCUGGUCUCAGUAUCCAGGAGCUGGUUGCAAUGUCCCCUGAGCUUGAUACUUAUGCUAUCACCAAGAAGGUUAAGGAGGUGCUGACUGAUAAUAACCUUGGCCAGCGUCUGUUUGGGGAGACUAUCCUGGGUCUGACUCAGGGUUCUGUCUCAGACCUGCUGGCCAGGCCCAAACCUUGGCACAAGCUCAGUCUGAAGGGCAGGGAGCCCUUUGUCCGCAUGCAGCUGUGGCUCCAGGACCCACACAGUGUGGAGAAACUCAUGGACAUGAAACGCCUGGAAAAGAAAGCCUACAUGAAGAGGCGGCUGAGCUCCCUGAGUGACAGCCAUUCUGUGGACGGGGGCUUGGUGGCGACAGAUUACAUGCAGGGCUCCCAGAGUCCGGGACAGCAGCAUCUGAAGAAACCCAGGGUGGUGUUGGGCCCUGAGGAGAAGGAGGCCCUAAAAAGGGCUUACCAGCAGAAACCCUACCCCUCUCCUAAAACCAUCGAGGAGCUGGCCUCCCAGCUAAAUCUGAAGACCAGUACUGUCAUCAACUGGUUUCAUAAUUACAGGUCACGUAUUCGGCGGGAACUCUUCAUAGAGGAGAUACAGGCUGCUGGAGGGGUAGGAGGACCUGGCAGUGAAGGGGGCUCUCCUUCCCUCCGUGGGUCCAAAUCAGGAGAGGGGGACAGCUGCGAUGGGACAGAAUCUGAGGGCACAAUGGAGUUACGCCAGGGACUGGGCAUUAGCCUGGAUGAUCACAGAGGAGCAUGCAAAGACCACGAUAUGGAGGCUGACUCUGAGGCAGGGGGCUCUAAUAACUCCCCUGCUCAGAUAGACUGCAUCACCUCAGGCUUAGCCGGGCCAGGCUCCAGCUGUGGACAGGCUGGACUGGCACUCUUCAGCCUCACAGAAGCGUCCUCCAGCGGCCAUGCCUCUAGUACUAACAUCCCAGCCUCUGGCCCUACCAGAAACCCCAGGGACAACAAUUUGCGCAAGAAGAAAGCAGCCAAUCUCAAUAACAUCAUCCACAGGCUGGAGAAGGCUGCCAGCAAAGAGGAUCCCUCAGAGUGGGAGUUCUAGCUACUCCUGACCAUCCUUCAACCCUCUUGUUUCAUAACCUCACGACCUCUAACCUUGGACCCCUCCUGCUCUGUUCCAGUCGGAGAGUGGACACAGCCAAAGUCAAGCUCAGCAGCCAUUUUUAUUAAAUAGAAGCUUUCCGCAGAGAGGAAAGAAACAAAGAGUGGUUGGCAAAGCCCUUAAAAAGAAGAUUUACUGAAUACCUAGAAGAACAAAAUAAGAGAACAUAAGUGUCUCCUUUUUUUAAACUGAGUUUUGUUUUUGUACUGAGAAAAGCACUUAGCCGUCCUGCUGGCCUCUGGCCCUGCUGUACCUCCCCCUAUCACCAGCCACUGGUGCACCAGACUGGUUAGUCCUGAGCUGGGGUCUGACCCACAGCUGGGGUUGAAACCUGGACUCAGUAACACAGGCAAGGCCUGACACAGCAGCUGUCACAGUGAUAGACACUGAUAGAUGAUAGAUAGAGACAGGAACUCUCUUACAAGAACUCUCACUUUCUUAAAGGAGAUUUUUUCCGCUCUUCUUCUCACCUCCCAAGUGUCCACAAACCUCCCCUCACUCAGUGAGACGCCUCAUUUUCACACUGUAGAGUGACUGUUACAAACCCUUUGCCUUUUUCACUCACUGCGUGUGUGUUUGUAUGUCAGGGGUUGUGUCAGUGUGCACCUGUGUGUGUGCACCUGUGUGUGUGUGUGUGUGUGUGUGUGUGUGUGUUUGUGUUUGUGUGUGAACACCCCCAAAAUGGUGUGUGUGUUCUCUUCUCAAUGGCAGCAUGUUUUCUUUUCUUUUUUUUUUAAGUCUCACUCCUACACUCUUAAGAGGGUAGUGUAAGGCCUGUUGGCUGAGCUGCCAUGGUUACUGAUGUAAGAAAGAUGAACUUUGACUUGUCCUGUCCCAUAUCCUAUCCUGCUGACAGCCAUGUGAUGGCCAGAAGGAUUUCUAAUUCCUCACAAACACACGCACUCAUCUGCCGAGGAAGGAAGGAACCCACCCUCUUUUUGCCUCCUUAAACCCUUCUUUUAAGGUUGAAGGAUGAUCUCUUUUUUGAUAUUGCAAUUUGGUUGCCAAUAAGAGAUUGCACAGUCUAUUGACUCUAAAGAGUACAAAAUAGGGAAUUUUAGGAAGCAUUUUUAAUUAGUACAAAAUAAGAGCAGAAAAUAAGAGAAUAACAAGUUACUGUUUUGAAAGAAGAAGAAAAAACAAAACAAAUUAGAAUGGAUUCAUGUUGCAUUGUUGAAAUACGAUACGAUGAAUUUCACGUAGUACUGUAGCUGUCUGACAUGGUGAUACUGUACGUGUCUCUUGUUGUUUUAGGUUGUGCACGUCACAGCUUUACCAGCACUGGACUUGCUGGGUGUGUGUGUGUGUGUGUGUGUGUGUGUGUGUGCGCGUGCGUGCAUAUGCACACCAAUGACAAAUUCUCUCUGUUCACAAACACACGUUUUUAUAGGCCAAAUCAGGAAGAGUGUGCGUGUGUGUGUGUGUGUGUGUGUGUGUGUAUCUGUUGUGUGUGUUGUGUGCAUUUGUAUUUGCCUGCAUGAAAGUCAGGGUUGAGGUCAAUUCACUCAGUUAAACUAGAGAGGUAGAUAAAUAAUAUUGAAAUUAUUGACUGAAAAGAUUGGUUUUUAGCAAACGAAUUGCAAUGUACAGUACUUGAUGAGUCUGCCGUCAAAGUGAAUUCACCACAAUCCUGGUGUGAGUUGUUGCCACUCUCCUCCAGUCUUUCCUGAAUCCAGGGAUGUAAGUCUUUUGCAUUAAAUUCUACUGUAUACACUACAAAUUAUAAGGCAUAUCACCUCCUCCCUGUCCCACACAAGCCCUCAGUGCCUGUCAGCCCACUGCCUCCCCUUUGUGUGUUUGCGUGGGUGCCUAUGUUUGUGUGUGUGUGUGUGUGUGAGGGUGCGUGCACGCGCAUGCUUGUCAAUCCAUGCUUGUGUACAAGUGUGUGUGACUGAGGAGUGUUUAGUGUUUCCAAUGAGUGGAGUCAUAUUUCGUAUCUACUUGCACACACUACUAGUGCACAACUGACACCCUUCUUUAAGCUGUUUGAUGCGUUACCAUUACAUUAAUCUUGUCACAAAGUAGUGUAAUACUAUGAUUUACUGUAGCUUGGUUUUAUUGCUAUUUUGCAUUUAUAGUUUGGUUUUUAUUCUGCUUAUUUAUAGGUGCUGUAUUUUUCAUUUAAUGUCUUAUCAUUUGAGUUGUCUAUUUUUUAAGGGAUUAUACUGUUCCUGAGGGCAAGUAACAUUUUUAUUAGACGUAUAGACUGCCGGCAGUAUUGGUUAAUAUUUACAAAGAUGUACUAGUUCUCAUUUGUUUGUAUAUUCAUGAAUCCUAAAGUUUAGUGUCAUUUCAAUAGCUUUGAAAAAAAAAAAAAAUGUUUUUUGCUACAGUUCAUGCUCCCGUAAACAUCAAGCUUUUACCACAACAGUUAUGCUCUUAAAUUGCUAGCUAGAGAAUCAAAGGACAUAUCAAGAUCGGUGAACUUAUGAUAGCAUAUCUCUUUUCCUGUUUUCUAUUCUCCAAUGAUGAUGAUGUAUUUGGGUUAUUUUUUUUUUUUUGUUUUGCUCUGGCUGUUGCUUGGGAAAGCCCAACACUAACGCUUGGCAGGACAUGCAGCUUUCUUUUAGAGUCUGACCACUCAUUAAUCACGUUGACAUAAUUAACAGGUCCAAAUGUAUACACUUUGUCAAAUAGGUCAAAGGAAAUUACCUAAACUUGAGAACAAGUGUUUAACUUGAAAGAGGUCAUAUCUGCCAAAUUGAGAUUAGAGAAGUGUACCAGCUAGCAGGUGUGCUAUGCCAGAUUGAACAGAGAAAGCCAGCCUAUGAUUAUGCAGAAUUUAUAUUGCAGUCUGUAAAAAAAAAAAGAAAAAAGAAAAAAAGAAGCACUUAUUAUAAUCGUUUUUGAAGACUUAACCUUAAGGACAGGGUCUGUAAACACUACAGCAGAGUACGAUCCCUGGAUCCAGGGAAACGUAUGCCUUUUUUAAAAAGCGGUUGAGAACCAAGCACAGACUCUUCUCCCUAUCUUAACACUAAAAAAAAUAAAUAAAACAAAAAACACAAGAUAGCUGUACACCCCGUUUUAUAUAUGAUGUACUGCAUUCCUAUACAGCAGCCCCUUAUUUCAAACUGCAGGUGACCACGUGACACAAAGACAUCGUCGUUGUACAGUUGUAGAUAAUAUGAGUAAACACCUGUUUAGGUUUCAAUCCAAAAUCUCAGUCCAUCCUUAAGCCCCCCCCUUUUUUCCUGAAUCAAAAUCCAGAUGAAUUGGCAGCUUGUCAAAAGAUACUAAAAUAACUUCAUUACACCACUUUUGGAUGCAUUAAUUAAAAUUGGAUUUGUGACGCAUCUGAUAGUUUUCAAAUUCUUCAAACAUUUGCUUUUCCUGUGGGCGACUGAUGUAAAAAAAAACAAAAAAAAACAAAAAUCAGUCUUCUGCAGAGUUAUUUGAAGGCUCGUUGCCUUCUGUUGGACUGCUUGGACUGGAUAACCACAGUUUGUUUUAUUGUGAUGAAUAGCUACUGUAAAGUAUAAGCACUUAACCCAUUAGCCAUUUUAUAGCCAGAUCCAUCAACUCACCCAAAUCGUGUGAGAUCAUCAGAUUUGUGCCUUUAACUGCCAAGCAGGGCACCAAACUAGUGAUGUCAUUAGAUGUAGACGACUUCGCCCGAUCUGUUCAUAAUCUGUCCCGACGUCUUUGAUCCAGAUUAAUUCCUCAUAAUAUGCUUUGUAAGUGGUACGUAAACGUCACCUGUUCUCAGCUCUCUGUAGAGGGUUGUAUAUAAUUGCUGGAGUGAAACAGUGAGAGAGAGAAAGAGAGAGAAAAAAAGAAAAGGAGCUUGUGUAUUCUUAUGACUGACCUGCAGACACGUUUCGGUCCUGGGUCUUAUUAUUUCAGACAGUUGUUUUUCCCACAAUGCAUUUCUUACGUUGUACAUACAACUUAACUAGCAGCGAGAAGAAAAAAAAAAACAAAACAGGCCAGAGCAUUGAAUGAAGGAAGAAGCAUGCAGAAAACAGCGUACACUGUAAUAACACUGAAUUUAUUCAUAGGGCAUUUUGUAUUUUUCUGUUUGUGUCAGGUUUGCUGUGACAUUAAUAACGGCACUACAGGUAUUGAAAAUGACGUGUGCCAAUUCUAAUGGUUAUUUGGAAAAGAGACGUGUAAAUACAGUCGAUCAAGUAGCUAUUGAUUCACUUUUUGUCACAGUAUGCUUUUGUUCGAAGGCAGGAGGAGAGAAGGGACGAUUCAGGACUUUUCCAUGAUCCACAGAUAUUUUUCUACAAAUUUAAAUCAGAUGAUUCUAUACACUGUUGAAUAACAUUGUAAAGGUGUAACAGAUGCUGUAUAUCAUAUCAUGUUUUCUGAAGUCGUAAAGCUUUACUGUAUGA